UGUUCCGGUGUGUCUCGGCGCUCACCCCCGCCCCUCUUUCCCGCUUUCCCUUCGCUCCUGCCUCUCACUGCUACCCCUCGCUGCUCCCCCUCGCUGCUCCACCUCGCUGCUCCCCCUCGCUGCUCCCCCUCGCUGCCCCCCCUCGCUACCCCCCUGCACCGUGGCGAGCGCACCAGCGUGUGUUGGAGCAGCGCAUCACCCACUGCCUGCAGCGAGUGGCCAGCGGGGACGCCACCAGUGCUUGUGAUGCAUGCAGGGAUGGGGGGGGUUGCAUGGAGCAGAACCUCCUCUGA